UUUUGUUCUCCAUUACUGUAAGUACUGCAGGGAAACAGGUUUUCAAGGACAAGAUUUUCAUCAGUAAUCUGCACAGGACCUAUUUGAGAUGUGGAAGGAAGUUUGAAACGUCUCUGGAGAAAAUAGGACUGUUCUGCUGCAACUGUUUUUCUGAAGAGAAGCAGCACGUGAUACUUGCACAGUUGAAGAAUGACUGAAGAAAAGUAAAAAUUCUCUUGGGCUCAAGACUCAGGCAUGAAUGGGACAGCCAUUGAAAAUUUUGCCUGUGUCAUUUUUAAUGUUUCCUUCAUGAACUGCACCUGGCAUGUGGGCAGGACUGCUACAGAAGACACCCAAUAUUUCCUGUACUGGAGACCCCGGAAGAAAGACGAUGUCACGGAAUGCCAAAAUUACAUCAAAGAUACCUGUGGAAGGCACAUAGGAUGUCAGUUUCAAAACGUGACAAUAGAAAAUAGCAAUGCUUAUUUCCUGGUAAAUGGGUCCAGAAGUGGACAAAGCAUUCAAUCAUAUGAGAAGAAGAUACUGCUAUACCAAAUUGAAAAACUCACCCCUCCAUUAAAUGUCACAGUGAACUGUACAGAAGCUUCUCACAGAUGUUGUAUUUGGUGGCAACCACCUCGCACAAGUCAUGUGAAAAAAAGUAGUUGUUUCAAAUAUGAAAUUGUCAUAGAAAACAAGGCUGAUGCUGAGAAAAACACCAAAACCGCAUCAAAAACAACAGCAAUCAUUGAAGAUAACUCCUACCUAUAUGAAAGCUUCAGUUCAGAAAAAAGGUACAGCAUCAAAAUCAGAGCAACAGAUGCGGGCUUUUGUUUAGUAAGCCCAAACUGGGGAGAGUGGAGUACACCUGUGGAGUUUGGCAUGAAUGGGUCAGCCAUUGAAAACUUCUCCUGUGUGAUUUAUAACAUCUUCCUCAUGAACUGCACUUGGCAGGCAGGGGGGGAUGCUCCAGCAGACACACAGUAUUUUCUCUACUGGCAGAAGUCAAGAGAGGACAAUCAGACGGAAUGUGAGCUUUACAUUAAAGAUGAAAAUUGCAGAAAUAUGGGAUGUAUCUUCCAAAAUGUGAGCAUAGGGAUUGAAAAAGCUUACUUCCUGGUGAAUGGGUCUAGCAAAGACUCCCUAAUCCAGUUCUAUGAUGAGUACAUUGACCUAUAUAAAAUAGAAAAGCUCAUGCCUCCAUCAAAUAUCACAGUCAACUGUGAUGAAAUUAAAAAUGAUUGCAUAAUUCAAUGGCAACGACCCCAAAUAAGUCAUUCUAACAAAGACAUGUGUUUUAAAUAUGAAAUUAACAUAAAGUAUAAGGAUAAUCCUAAAGGAAAACCCAUAUAUACUUCCAUACAAGAAGGGGGAAAUAGUAACAUAUUUCUAAGAUCAAAUACAAGAAAGAAGUACGUCUUGAAAAUGAGAGCAGCUGGCAGUGCCUGCCUCGUGAACCCAGCCUGGGGGGAAUGGAGUGUACCUGUUGAGUUUGGAAAUGAGGAAAUUAUAUAUUCUUCAGUAUGGAUUUUACUUGGGGUAGCAGUUGCAACACCCUUAAUGGCAAUCAUCACAAUUUUUUUCUGCAAAAGGACUGGCUGUUGGAAGGCAGCAUUUCCACAGAUCCCAGGACCAAAACCUUCUUUUUUUACACUGACUGAUACAAAUUCAGAGCUGAUGGAGAGCAAAAUACAGUCAAUAACAUCUGAAAAUGAAGAGAUAGUAUUAGUUGCUGACCUCGUGAGAUAACCAAGAAAAAUGGAGGAGUCUGAAAGUGCAUUUCUUAGACAACUGUAUAUCCCUAUGGAAUAAUAUAUAGGCUUUCUUUACUUUCUUCUUUUUCCUGUAUAAAAAAGUGAUGCAGCCAAGAGAGAAUGAUACCUCAUAUGUAAUCUUUUUAAAUGCUAUUGUAUUUGCUUUUAGUUUUGGCUAAUUUUAACUGUUUGGAUAUCUUCUAUUUUGUAAAUAUGAUUGGAAUAUUUUAUUCAACAAGUUUUAGUUACAUUUUAAU